GGCCAGGAAAGCAGCUAAGAAGCCAUCUCAGAACCCAGGUGGUCAUUCAGCGAUAGACACCUUACCACCCCCUUGCUGCUCAACCCAGAAUCAACAAAGAAAUGCAACUCACCUUCCCUGCCUUAUUAUCCUUUGGGAUAUUAGGGUUGUGCCUAGCUACCACAGAACAAGUGAGAUGGUGUGUCCAAUCAGACAAUGAGCAGGAGAAAUGUAAUGAGCUUAAAGAGGUCCUAACAGGUACCACAAGCCCGAGUUUGACAUGUGUAAAGAAAAUUUCCUACAAGGACUGUUUCAGGGCCAUCUGGAACAAUGAAGCUGAUGCCAUUUCUGUAGAUGGUGGCUUAGUCUAUGAAGCAGUUAUGGACCCCUUUGAUCUGAAGCCUAUCAUAGCUGAAGACUAUGGCUCUGAAAAAGAACGGCAAAUUUACUCCUUUGCUGUGGCUGUUGUGAAGAAGGGAACUGAUUUCCGACUCAGGGAUCUCAAAGGCAAGAAGUCCUGCCACACUGGCCUAGGCAUGUCAGCUGGCUGGAUCAUCCCCAUUGAGAAACUUGUGGAACUUGGCAUGUUGAACUGGAACAAUAUUGAUGAUCCCAUUGAGAAAGCAGUAGCUGAGUUCUUCUCUGACAGCUGUGUGCCCUGUGCUUUUUGGACAAACUCUGAGUUGUGUCGCUUGUGCAUUGGAGCUGGGCCUGACCAUUGUGCCUGCUCAGACAGAGAACCUUACUUUGGUAGCUCAGGAGCCCUCAGGUGCCUGAAGGAUGGUGCCGGAGAGGUCAGUUUUAUGGAGCACACAACUCUUUUGGAGACACUCCCAACUGGGGCUGAAAGGGAUGAAUUUGAACUACUCUGUGAGGAUAAUACCAGGAAGCCAGUGGAUGAGUACAGGAAAUGUCACCUAGGCAGGGUCCCUGCUAAUGUUGUCGUAGCCCGAAGAGUGAAUAGUAAGGAGCAUCUGAUCUGGAAUCUUCUCUCAGAGGCGCAGGAAAGGUUUGGCAAGGGCAAACUGGAGACAUUCCAACUCUUUGGUUCUCAUCAUGGAAAGGACCUGCUGUUUAAAGACUCCACAAACAGGUUUCUGAGGCUCCCUCCUAGGAUGGAUCAUGAACAGUACCUGGGUUACAAGCACAUGAAGGCCUUGAAGACUUUGAAAAUGCCUAAGACUUCUCCCUUGAUCCCUGAAAGAGUGAAGUGGUGUGCAGUGAGCAAAGAUGAAGCAUCCAAGUGUCAUGAGUGGAGUAUGGUCAGUGGCUUAGCCAUUGAAUGUGUGGUGGCAGAAACCACAGAAGAGUGCAUCGGCAAGAUUAUGAAAGGGAAAGCUGAUGCCAUGAGCUUGGACGGAGGAUUUAUCUAUGUUGCUGGCAAAUGUGGUCUGGAGGUUGUCCUGGCAGAGAAUUACAAAACUAAGGAUUCCAAUCAUGGGCGAGGGCCUCUUUGUUCCACUAAACCGAUUGAAGGCUACUAUGCUGUGGCAGUUGUUAGGAAGUCAGAUGCUGAUCUCAAGUGGGGCUCGCUGCAAGGCAAAAAGUCCUGCCACACAGCAAUUGACAGAGAUGCUGGUUGGAACAUUCCAAUGGGCCUGAUACACAAUCAAACCAAUUCCUGUGAAUUUGAUAAAUACUUCAGUGAAUCCUGUGCUCCUGGUGCUGACAUUAAUUCUAGUCUCUGUGCCUUAUGUGUUGGCAGUCCAGGGACAGAGGGUUUGAACAAGUGUGCUGCCAACAGCAAAGAGAAAUAUUAUGGUUACACAGGGGCUUUCAGGUGUCUGGCUGAACACAAAGGAGAUAUUGCCUUUGUGAAACACAGCACUGUCCUGGAUAAUACAGAUGGCCAGAACCAAGAGAACUGGGCCCAACACCUGAAGAGUGAGGACUUUGAGCUUUUGUGCCUGAAUGGUGAACGGAAGCCUGUGACAGAGGCCAAAUAUUGCCAUCUGGCUCAGGCCCCAAAUCAUGCCGUGGUCUCACGGCCAGAUAAGGCAGCGUUUGUGCGCCUUGUGCUGGUGAACCAACAGGAUCUCUUUGGGACCAAUGGGACAGAAUGGCAGAUGUUUCAGAUGUUCCAAUCCAGAACCAAAGACCUCCUGUUUACAGAAAACACUGAAUGCUUGUCGGAUGUUUCAGACAAAAGAACCUAUGAAAAAUAUUUAGGACCAGAGCAUAUCAAGGUCAUUGAGUCUCUGAGAAAAUGCUCAGAUUCCUCAGUAGUUAGCCCGGAAGACUACGAUUCCCGUGAUGCUCUGCGCCCCGACGAGCGCGUAGAGCUUCCAGGGCCACGUCUUUCAUCGCGGCGGCACUCCUCAAUGAUGGUCUCGGCGGAAGCUGAGCAGAUGGGGGACGGAGGUGGUACCUUCCAGCCGUAUCUGGACUCUCUUCGCCAGGAGCUGCAGCAAAGAGACCCCACGAUGCUUUCCGUGCUGGUGGCCCUGCUCGUCGUGCUGCUGACGCUAGUAUGCUGGAAAUUCAUUCAGAGCAGAAAAAGCAGUCGAAGAGCUGUACUUCUGGUUGGACUUUGUGACUCGGGGAAGACGCUCCUUUUUGUCAGGCUGUUAACAGGACUUUACAGAAAUACGCAGACAUCUAUUACUGAUAGCUCUGCUGUGUACCGAGUCAACAAUGACAGGGGUAAUAGUUUGACUUUGAUUGAUCUCCCUGGUCAUGAGAGCUUGAGGCUUCAGUUCUUAGAGCGAUUUAAGGCUUCAGCCAGAGCAAUCGUGUUUGUUGUGGAUAGCGCUACAUUCCAGCGGGAGGUGAAAGAUGUAGCUGAGUUUCUUUAUCAGGUCCUUAUUGACAGCAUGGUGUUGAAGAAUGCACCAUCAUUAUUGAUAGCCUGCAAUAAGCAAGAUCUCACAAUGGCAAAAUCGGCCAAGUUAAUUCAGCAGCAGCUGGAAAAAGAACUUAAUACCUUGAGAGUUACCCGAACCGCUGCCCCCAGCACACUGGAGAGCUCAGGUGCUGUUAUCACUCAGCUUGGAAAGAAGGGCAAAGAAUUUGAAUUCUCUCAGUUGCCAAUGAAGGUGGAAUUUGUGGAGUGCAGUGCCAAGGGAGCUAUGGGGGAUGAAGGCUCUGCUGACAUCCAGGACUUUGAGAAGUGGCUAGCUCGGGUGGCCUGAAGACAUGGAGCUGGGACAGACAGAAGAUGUCUAACCCUGACAACAUAUACAUAUGGGUGGGUUAGCAGUGAAUUGAUAAGGGGUGAAAAUAUAAUUGAAAAUGCU